GAGAAUUCACUGAACGUGUAUUUCGGACACUCCGCACUUACAUCUGGAUAUUUUAAGAACAAUUUCACGUUUCUGGAUCUCUCGUUAAGUUCCGUUCCAUUUGCAGUCUGAUUGUUUGUAGGUUGUUUUAGCUGAAAAGACUCCUACCUUUUCAGCUUGCAAGCAUAACGAUUUCUUUUGCACUUUAAACUAGCUCGCUAGCGUCAUCGGUCGCCCUAUGCCAAUGUAUUAGCGAAGAGCUUCGUACUGCCCGUUUCUUUAUUUUGCACCGGUAGAUACAACAUUAUUAUGACUCGAUGGGCAUCUUAUGGUAUUUUCUUUUAAAUAACCAGCCACCAUUUUAAUGUCGACGUCCUGUUUUUGAUUGUCCUUGCCAUUCCUUGUUAGCCGCGACACUUUAACGAAGCUGGAGUCGGGAGCUAGCUAGCUAACCACUGAUCUGUCAUUUUUACGGGUACUUUUCGUAAAGGCGCAAGAAAAUGCCUUUCUGUCCGCCAUGCAACAAUUCUGUAUUGAAAAGCUGCCAAAGCUCGCCUUGUGACUUCUAAGCUGAGAGAAGCUAGCAACACGAGAAGAGAACCAUUUGAUGGAAGAAAAGAAAAAGAAAAAGCAAGAAGAAAAGACAAAGAAGGAUCCUGCUCAGAAAAAGGUUGCUGAUCAGAAAACCAAAGUGCCAGACUGUGCUAAGCCCAGCCCCAGCCUCCUUCACCCUGCCAGCCCCAGUCAAGUCCUGUCCGUAUCCGUGGCUAGCAGCAGUGGCAAUGGCAAGCGUGCCCCCUCCAGUGCCCAACAGCAGCAGCAGCCAGCGUCUAGCACACGUUACCCACCGCGUGAGGUGCCCCCGCGUUUCCGUCAGCAGGAGCACAAGCAGCUACUGAAGAGGGGCCAGCCACUGCCUGCAGGCGCCUUGCCUCUCACCUCCUCUUCCUGCACUCAGCCUGGAGUCAGCUCACCUCCCCUUACACCGACCAGCCAACGACGCACAGUGUUGCCCCACCAGAGUGGCCCAGGUGCCCAGUAUGAGAAUUCCCACUGGGGCCUUCCAACCACCAAUAGCAGCAGCACUGGCUGGGAUCAAGUGAUCAUUGAUAAAAACGAUACCGAAGCUUGGCCUUCCAUUACCCUAAGCAACAACCAGGCAUCAACAGAAUGCACCUUGGACGUUGACCGAACGACAGAGGUCAGCAGUAGCAGCAUGAGUAUGGCCACAGGUGCAAGUCAGCAGGGUCAUUACCCCAUUAAAGCCAGCGGCAAUCACUCCACAAGCAUGGUCUCCAGCCAGGGUGGCCCCAACAGGGGCUGGGGCUCUGAUGCUAAAACUGACAGCUUGUCUGUGGGUAACAGGGGCCAACCCAACUGGAGCUCUUCUAAUCUAAACCUCAAUCCUAAUGCCAAUCCUGCUGCUUGGCCGGUCCUUGGACAUGAUGGACCUGGCGUUGGGGUUGGUGGAAUCGGGGGGUCAAAUGCACUGCCCCCUAGCAUGUGUGGCCCAGGAGGAGCUCCUCAAGCUCUUGGCACCAAUGGAAAUGGCAGCAUGGGCAGCACUAAUGGAAACCUUGGAGGAGAUAGUGGCACUGCUGUCUGGGGCAAUCCAGAUGCCCCAGAGCAGCACCAGUCCUCAUCAACAAAUGUGUCUUUCAGCAUGGAACCUUCAAACCUUAACACUGACGGACCAAACCACACUAAAACUGAGCCCAUGAGCCCUGUGACCAGCUGGGGAGGCACCCUCAGCCAGUCCCCCACUGAAACUCAGCAGGUCAGUGGAGAUGGGACUGCCCUCUGGGGCAGUGGAGAUUCAAAAGGAGGCGAACCCAAGGACUCUGCCUGGGAUUCAGGACCAUCUAGUGGCAUCUCUACUUGGGGUCACGGAGGAGUAGGGAGUGGAAGCAGUGGAGGAGGUGGUGGAGCCUGGGGUGACUGGGGAAAGCAAUCCAGCAGUGAAGGUACUGGAUGGGAUGCUGCAGAUGAUCCACCUCCAGAGCGGAUGAGUUCUUGGACCAGCGAUGCCCCAGCAAGUGAGGGCAGUGGUGACAGCAGUGGAGACCAUUCACGCAGGAGAGAAAGAUCAUCCAGUGAAGACCCACCUCCUCUGCUCCCACGGCAGGACCUGGACCCACGUGUGCUUUGCAACUCUGGCUGGGGGCAAACCCCAGUCCGCCAGCACACCGUCUGGGAAAUGGAUGAAACACAACCCGACCACAAAAACGAUGGCGGCACUGAGGCAUGGGGUUCUUCCUCAAAUGCCCCAUCCGGACCCCCACAUCCUCCUCCUGGAGGUGCUAACCACAACAUAAGUACAGCUUCUAGACAAGACUCUGGGAGCAAAAGUGAGGGUCCUGGCCGAAAUAUGUCAGCCUCAGGCUGGGGAGGGUCCGUUCCACCUGCCAAUCAGCCUGGCACUGGAUGGGGUGAACCACUUGCCAAUAAUAAGGUGCCCAAUGGAUCAGUGGGUGGUUGGGGUGAUCCAAUGUCAGGAGGUUCUAACACCAAUGGCCCCAAAUCAUGGGGUUCAGAGGAAAAGUCUCCCAGCUGGGAUGAUGGCCCUUCCAAUGUCAAACCACAGGGCUGGGGAGAUGGGCCUAAGCCUUCUUCUGACUGGGGAAGCACUGGAAGCGGAAAUAGUGGAGAAUGGGGGGAACCUGCAGAGAUGAAGAAGAGCAACAGCGGGAACUCCUCCUGGGAAGGAGAAGGAGGCAGCUGGAAGGAAAGUCCCGGCAAUUGGGGAAAAGCGGCUCCAGCAGUUGCAGGAGGCUGGGGGGAAGCCCAACGCUCCAGUGGUCCUGUUCAAAGCUGGGGUGGCAAGCCUCAAGAAAACAGCGGAGCAGGAAGCAUGGGUUCAUGGGGGGGCCCAAACUCUGUAAAACAAAGCAGCUCAAGUUGGGGCUCAGGAGCCAGGCAGGAGUCUGGGAGCGAGGCUACAGGCUGGGAGGAGCCUUCUCCUCCCUCUAUCCGUCGCAAAAUGGAGAUUGAUGAUGGUACCUCAACCUGGGGAGACCCCAGUGCUUACAGCAAGACCGUCAACAUGUGGGACAGGAACAAUCCCGUUUCCCCGAGUAAUCCAGUUCCCAGCAACAAUGGCAGCAGUAACAGUAACCACUCAGUGCCCAGCAACAACAAUCACCAUCACCACCACUCUCACCACAACCAGGGUCCCACCCAGAACCAUUCCAAUGGUGGAAACAAUAAUGGUUCCCCCAGUCAUCCUGGACCUCCACAUAACAGACCACCCUUAGUAACACCAGGAUGGGGAGAGCUGCCCAAUGUCCAACCUAAGACUGAACCUUCAUCCUGGGGGGAGCCAGCCCCUUCCAUUCCUUCAGUGGACAAUGGCACUUCUGCUUGGGGCAAGCCCCCGAGAGGCUGUGGAGGAUGGGGCGAGGGAGGACAUGAGCCUACAGGGCCCUAUGGUAGAGGCAAUGCACAUCCUGGAUCUGCCCCAUGCAAGCAAGCCCCAAAAUCUAUGCAAGACGGCUGGGGAUCUGGAGGAGAGGAAAUGAGCAUGAACACGGGCCAAUGGGAGACUGACGAUGGGGACAUGUGGAACAGCCCCACCUCCCAAGAGAGCAGCUCUUCCUGUAGCUCCUGGAACCAACCCAAGAAGGGCCCACUGAAGGGGAAGGCACCUAACAAACAGGAUGAGGUCUGGAUCAUGAACCGGCUGAUCAAACAGCUCACAGACAUGGGCUUCCCAAGAGACCCUGCAGAGGAGGCUCUGAAGAGCAGCAACAUGAAUUUGGAUCAAGCUAUGAGCGCGCUGUUGGAGAAAAAGACAGAACUGGACAAGCGAGGAAUGGGCAUGUCGGACUACAACAACGGGAUGAACAAGCCCAUAGUGUGCCGGCCCACGGCCCUCUCCAAAGACCCCUCAUCAGAUCGCUCCCCCUUCCUGGACAAGGACGGCGGCCUGUCGGACGACACACCGACCUCACCAUUUAUGCCUUCCCCUGGCCUGAAGCUCCCACUGUCCAAUAGCAGCCUCCCCAACCACGGCCUGGGUGGGGUCUCCUCGGGGCUGGCCAUGCAAAACUUGAACAAUAGACAGAUGCAGAAUGGAAUGUUUGGCAGUAACGGAGCAGCACAAGCCCGGGCUCUGCAGCAGCAGGCCCCUCCCCCUCAGCCGUCAGUGCCGCCUCUCAGCUCCACCCAGCCUACUCUACGCGCUCAAGUGCCUCAGUUUCUCUCCCCUCAGGUUCAAGCACAGCUCUUGCAGUUUGCAGCAAAAAACAUUGGUCUGAACCCUGCACUUUUAACCUCACCAAUAAACCCUCAACAAAUGACCCUAUUGUACCAACUCCAGCAACUGCAAAUGGCGUACCAGCGUUUACAAAUCCAGCAGCAGAUGAUGCAGGCUCAGCGCAGUGUAUCCGGUCCCAUUAGACAACAAGAGCAGCAAGUUGCACGUACAAUCAACAACAUGCAGCAGCAGAUCCAACAGCACCAGCGUCAGCUGGCCCAGGCUCUGCUCAUGAAGCAGCAGCAGCAACAGCCUCCACCUCCCACCUCUCACCCCAGCCUGCACCCCAGCGUUGGUAAAUCAGCCCUGGACUCCUUCCCAGUACACCCCCAGGCAUCGGGCCUGUCCGACCUGCAGACCAAAGAUCCGCAGUCCUCGCCCAACUCCUACAGUCCCUACCCGCUCUCUGGCUUGAACCCAAACAUGAAUGUAAACUGCAUGGAGGUGGGCGGGCUGUCCAUGAAGGAUCCUCCACAGCCGCAGUCUCGGCUGUCUCAGUGGACGCACGCCAACUCCAUGGAUUCUCUGUCAGCCAAUGCCUCACACAUGGAGGCCAACCUCAAUAAGCAUGGUGCCAUCUCUAAUGCCCCUACCCAUGGCCCAGGGGGUAAGCAGUCAAUGGACGACUCUUUCAGCUCCUACAAUCUGAUUUCCAGCUCUGAGUCGCCCACUAGUCCUCUGGUCCCCCCAGAGAGCUGGGCACAGGGGAAGAGCCCCAGCGAGAAGAUCUCUAACGGCACGAACAUCAGCUGGCCUCCAGAGUUCUGUCCUGGAGUGCCCUGGAAAGGUCUGCAGAACAUUGACCCCGAGACUGACCCCAACAUGACCCCAGGGAGCGUUCCAAGCGGCCCCACCAUAAACACUAAUAUCCAGGAUGUCAAUCGCUACCUUCUCAGAGACAGGAGUGGAGGUAAACUCUUGGACAUGAAGUCCACUUGGUCCUCUGGACCCAUCUCUCACACCCAGGCCUCGCUGUCCCACGAGCUGUGGAAGGUUCCCCCAGGCACUCGGAACACCACGGCCCCCUCCCGCCCCCCACCGGGACUAACCAACACUAAACCCUCCUCUACCUGGGGAGGGAACACCUUGGGCCUGACCCAGGGCUGGAGCAGCUCGUACUCCUCAGAGGGUACUACAUGGAGUACAGACAGCUCCAACCGGACCAGCAGCUGGCUAGUGCUCAGGAACCUUACGCCUCAGAUCGACGGUUCCACUUUGCGUACGCUGUGCAUGCAGCACGGCCCCCUCAUCACAUUCCAUCUCAACCUGACCCAGGGGAAUGCCGUGGUGCGCUACAGCUCAAAGGAGGAGGCAGCCAAAGCCCAGAAAUCCCUGCACAUGUGUGUGUUGGGAAACACCACCAUCUUGGCAGAGUUUGCUGGUGAGGAGGAGGUUAACCGCUUCUUUGCACAAGGUCAGUCCCUUACACCCACCACCAGCUGGCAGGCCAACCCAGGCACCAAUCAGACACGACUGGGCAACGCUGGGUCAUCUCACGCCGUUGGCCACUGGAGCGGUGGAGUGGGUGGAGCCAAGGCAGGCAGCGGAGGCGGAGGAAGCGGAGGCGAUCUGCUUUGGGGCGGAGUCCAGCAGUAUUCCAGCCUAUGGGGUCCACCCAACGGAGAGGACACCAGGGUCAUCGGGAGCCCCAUCCCAAUCAACACGCUGCUCCCAGGAGACCUGCUGAGCGGAGAGUCCAUGUAGGACGUUCCAGAACCACGGAUGUUUUGACAGACAAUGUUAAAAAAAAAACGAAGAGAAAAACUUUUCAAAAAAAAAAAUACAAACAAAAAAAAAAACCCAGAAGAGACAUGGAGCAAAAACCAAGCAAAUUUAGUGUGGCGAUAAUCAGUUUCCAUGGAGCUGUAAACCAGAAGGCUGAAGCAGGUCCAGUUUAGGCUGUCCACCUGCCCCCUUUGCUCUGUAUUUAUUUUUUGGGGGGUUUUUAAUCUGCUGACUACAAACUUUUGGCGUGUCGGAGGGUUACGUUGUUUUUAGUAUCAACAGACUUUGACAAGGAAGAAUCAAAAAAAAAAAAAAUUUGCAAAGGCCUUUAAAGUUUUCUUAAAGGCAACUUUGUGUGUUGGUUUUUUUUUCCAUCAGGAGAAGCAAUCUAAGAGGCAGCCAUGUUAACCAUGACACAGACAAAAGCACCUCAUAGAAUCCCUCAACCCCCACCCCCCCCACCCCAGUCCUGAACCGACCUCCUGAACUUUUGAACUGCCCCUGACCUGUGGAUCGGUCCUGGUACUUUUCUUUUAACCUUUCAAUAUUUUUGGGGGGUUCUUUUUGCGCUAGUUUUGCAGAACUAUUGUUAGCCUUAAGUCCUCUCUCCAGGUCCUUCUUAAGCAUUUUUUUUGUUUUAUUAUUAUUAUUCUUCUUAUUAUUUUACUACCAACUAAAGAUGAUCUUCUGAUACUUGCACAGUUCUGUUUCUGAGCCAGUGAAUGGACCAGAGCAAGCGUGAAGAACAACGUCGCCAAGCAGUGUGUGUGGCCUCUCAGCAAGACCAAUCACCAAAUGAUUUUUUUCUUCCCCCCCCCCCCCCCAUAUAACCCGGCCCUUUUUAUGAAAGGGGUUACACUGCUAUGAGUUUUGUAUCUAUCCAGGCUGGUUUUUGUUUGUUUGUUUGUUUGUUUUUAAAACACAUGACAAAAAAAAAAAUAAUAAGCUGAAAGAACUAGAGUAGCGUUUUUGUGUUUGUAUGUGCAUAUGUGUGCCUACAAGGAACCCUGACCAUGCAUCUGUCUGUGUUCAUAUACCACUGUUUGGAGGGGGAGGAAAAACAACACAAACAGGAAAAAAAAAAAAAAAGAACUUUUAAGGACACGUUUCCUCGACUUGUUACUACAUCUUUUGGACUUUAAAAAAAAAAUGCUGAAUCAAUCAGAAAUACUUUUGUUUAUCCCUUUGGUCUCCCCAGUCCUCCACCAUUUCCUGGAAAAAAAAAAAAAAAAGAAACUGAAAAAAAAAGGAGAAAAAAAAAAAAACACAAGUGAUGCAUCGUGCAAUAUAUGCCACAGAUCCUUCUUCCGUCCACACUGAAGUCAACAGAAACUGUUUUGUUUUUUGGGGUUGUUUUUUUUUUUUUUUUUUUUUUCCUCCUUUUACUGAUUUUUAAUCAAAAAUCGCUCGCUUGCGUCGAAGACUUGUUUGAAACUACAGAAUACCUUACCUAUCUGGAACAUUUCUUUUACCUACGGUCUCAGGGCCUCUGGACGGCUGACUGCUGGGCGCACCGUGUAGAAGGAACUGACCUCAACCUGUGCAUUGAGAGCCCUGCCUGCAGUCCCAAACUCAAAAGAAAAAAAAAAACAACAAAAAAAAAAAAAACAACUGCAUGUAUGGGGAUGCACUUCCUCUGUGCACAGGUUACCUACAGCUGUGUGUUGCCCUGCAGAGACUUAAUCCACAGAGACCCCCAUAGAGACUUGGGUUAUCUGGCACAAUACCAAAUAUAAAGGGUUGCUCCUAAUGCAGUAGAGUAAUGAGUGAUCCUUACAUUUGGUACAAACAUUAGAGACUACAUUUGUUUUGAUUUUUUUUGUUUUGUUUUUAAAAGGGGUUUUAUCAUAGCACUUAUGAAGAAAAGCUCCAACUGCAAUGCCAAUAAAUCAGACGAUGGAGCAACAAUUUCAGAAACUUUCAAAAAAAAAAACAAGAACAACGAAAUAACAAAAAACAAAAAAAACACAAAAAAAACAAACAAAAA